UCACUCAUAUAAGUUUGUGGCGCUAGUGUCAAGUUGUCAACAUCAUAUUCGUUUGUAAUUUUGUUGUAGAGGUUAUGGAGUGAAAAUAUCAGUUUUAUUAGAGUGAAGUGUUUUUUUACUGUUACAAAAAUGGAGACAAGAAGUGAUAAUUUGUCUUCUAUGGAAAUAUGUCGGUUUUGUUUGACUCAAGGUGGAACUUUAACAAGUUUGUAUGAAAGAGUCCGAGCGCCAAAAAACUCAGUUACUCUUCCAUUGAAAAUACUAUCCUGCUUGUCGAUUGAGGUUUUCGCUUCAGACAAAAUGCCUACUUAUAUAUGUAGUCGCUGUAAGUUCUACAUGGACUUGAGUUAUGAAUUUAAAAAUAUGUGCCGGCAAGCUGAUGAGCACAUAUUGCAGUAUGUUCAGAAUGGUAUACCUUUGACACCUAUGACCUGGUCGGCUUCAUUAUCAAAAGUAUUUCGUUUGGCUAACAAAACACCAGAGGUAGCGGUUAUGAAGACAGUUGUAGAAGGUGGGACCACGGUGCAAGUGACCGCACAGUCUGAAAGUGACGAGGAGGAUGAUGAAAAUGUCUACAAUGUUAAGAUUGCUGAUGGAUCUGAUGAAGACUCUAAAAGCGCCCGAGUCAAGGUUAUAACUAGCACUGACAAAGAUGAAAAGGAAAAAGCCAAGCAGACCAAAGUACCAGUGGCGCGGGAGGGGUGCUGGCCGUGCGACGAGUGCGAGUGCACGUACCCGCUGCAGCAGAUGCUGGAACUCCACAAGAAACAGAAGCAUAGGGAGAGGACCGUAUCCUGUGAUCAGUGCGAUGCUAAAUUCUUUAGCCAUUACGAUAUGAUGACGCACAAACUUCGCCACUCAGACGAAAUGAGUUACCAAUGUAUAGCAUGCGAUAAAAAAUUUAAGCGGCUCAUAUUGCUGAAGAGACAUGAGAAGUCGAUGCACGCAGACUUACCGCAACAGAUUUGUAAAUUCUGCCCAGCUUCGUUUUUAUCAGUUGAGGACUUAGACACGCACAUGUUCAAACAUACCCGCAUCGUGGAGAAACGAUUCCACUGUGAAACAUGUGACAAAAGAUUCAAUGAAAAGUCGACGUUGCAAAGACACAUGGAUAACCUACACAGCGCCAAUCCUCGCUACGCCUGCGACUACUGCGCCGAGCGGUUCUCAUCGGUGACUAAAUUAUCGAGACAUGUUCGGACGCACGCUGGAGAAAGGUCGUACCCCUGCAAGUACUGCAACAAAAGUUUUAUCAAGGGACAUCACUACACAAGACAUCUUCGUCUAAAACACCGCGAGACGAUCCGCACAUGUCGCGGGCCGUUCGGCGAGGCGGACCAGUUCCGCUGCGAGCAGUGCGAGGACAGCUUCGGUACUCAGGACGAGCUCAUCUACCACUCGGCGAUACAUGCCACGCAGAACCUCACCUGCCCCCUCUGCCAGGAGAAGUUUGAAGACGUCGAUGCUGUCACAUCUCACAUUAAGACGCAUGUCACAGGUAUGGAGUUCAUGUGCGACCUGUGUGAGCUGGUGUUUACUUCUAAAGAAAAGUUGGACACCCACGUCACUUUAGCGCAUGACGACGAAAUGCGCAGCGAAUCUCUAGUGCAGGAUGAGUCUUCGAUGGAAAUGGAUGUAGAAGACGAAGAUGACGACACAGGAAUUAAUGUCAAAGAAGAAGAUGACCAUAUGGUUGUUGAAAUAAAAAAAGCUGAAGAGUUUAUGCUACCUAAUUUACAAGGGGAUGCCGACGAUAAAAUUGACAAUACCAACUCUGAAGAAAGCGACGCCGAUGCGUCUUACACCGAGCUGUCGACGGUUGCGGCAACACCGAUAGUUAGGAAAAGAAAACCUUCGGCUGAGAGCACACCCGUACUACUGGGCGGCGUCACCAUCACCAAGAACAUUGUAGCGGCUAAAAAUGAAAAGACAGCAAGCAUUCUUCGGAAAGCUGAGGAAAUUAAGAAGAAAGUCAUACAACCAGCAAAUGAAGUUGCUGACAAAAAGAAGGUUGAAAAUAACAGCGCCGGAGCCAGCGACAAGUCUCUGCGUCUGCUAGAAAAGGAAUUACAAGAACUGAAGAGGCAGACCAAUACUCGCUCCGAGGCAGUGAAGACGCCCGCCAAACCCAUGGAGACUCUAAGAAGUAGGCGAGCUCAAAUACACACCUCGACGCCUAAGUUAAGGGGCGCUCCUGUAGAAGAAAAGAAAACUCUAGUAGCAACAAAGUCUCCGGCCGUGGAGAAAAAAGUACCGGAACGUCGCGUGCUCACCAAAGAGAAUAAAGAACCCAAAGACAGCAAGGAGGCAAAAGCUAACAAUAAUAGCGUUAAAGAUGACAAAGCUAAAGAAGCUAAGGAAACUCCUAAGAAUGUUGUAAAGAACGGUAAUAGCGAUAAGAACAAUUCUGAAGAUGGAAUCCGUCGCUCAACAAGGCCUUCUAAGAUCAAGGAUUACGCGAAGAUGAUACGAGACAGGUCUCAAGAUUCUGACAAUGAUGACUCGGAUGACGCCGACGAUGAAGAAUACAAAGAAGUUGAGAAAUCUGUUGAGAUCAAACCGAAACCGCGGCGGGCCAGUAUAAAGUCUGCGGCCGCUAAGCAAGGCACGCCCAACGCGGCCGCGCCCACGCCCAGGAAGAGAGGGCGCCCGCGCAAGGAUAAAGCCGUGGCAUCAAAAAUACGAAAAGAAGAGGUGGACGAAGAAGAAGAUGACAAUAAUGAAACAAAUGAGAGUGAAAAGGACGGCAAGACGAAAGAACUUGAUUCUCUCGUGGAGAAAGAAAAUGACGUUAAAGCUACUCCUGAGGUUGUUCCAUCAUUGUUGCAGGAGGCAAAUAAACCAGCGACUGAACAAAAACCUUCGCCCGGCGUAAUGGUCUCGCCUACCACUUUGAAAAAAAUUCCUAUCAAAGCAUUGCCUCCUGGAGUGAAACCGAUGCCGUUGCCUGUCAAUGCUCGACUCGGUGGAGGCGAAGUAUGCGAGAUGCAGAUCGGCAAGAAGGUCGUCAAAGUACAGAAAAUAGUUAUGACGAAAGCUGAAGUAGAGGCUAUGGCUAAGAAAGGGUUGGUGGAGAUGAAGGAUGGUACAAUGGUACUGAAGCAGGGUAUAAAAAUCCCAUCAGCUGAUCCAACAGCACUCAAAACUACUCUAGUCGGAGAAGAUGCGGGAAAAGAAUCUCCUAGUAAAAAGGCAACGCCGACGCGAUGCGACUUCGGCGAAGAUGUGUGAAUUUUAUCAUUUAAUCAUUGUUUACUACCCUUAUUUAUGUUAUCAUUAGAUGGAAUAAGAUGUCACUAUAAAUAAAUAGGUAAGGUAGUGUUUAACACCGAUGUAUUUUUUUUAUUAAGUAAUAUCUCAUAGGUAUAUGUUACUGUUAAAAAUUGAACUUUUAAUGCAUUCAAGAAACAUUUAAUGUAAUUAUUAUCCUUUAUAAUGACACGUAUUUUACUUCCGAUCGAGAAUGUCAUUUCUAAGAUCAUUAUGUAAUGGUGUUUUGUGACACAAUGUAUUUUAAUUUAAGGGAGUAAACAUAUUUCUAAGCUUAGGAACUAUAGUGUUUAGUACGUAAAAUAAAACAUAGAUGCAAACAUCA